AUGAUUGACCAACAAGUAAAAAAAGCGAAUGCAGAAACACAGUUGGAAACUUUGCCACCCCCAAGCAUGGUAUCCAAUUGGUGCCAAACUAAGAACAAAAUUACUACAUUAGAUUUUGAGUGGACCAUCCAAGACCUGGCUUUUCUAGAAACUUUCAAAGACUGGGGAGACUAUCGUUCAUCUGAGUUUUCUCCUAAAACAACCGGUGAUCCGAAAUGGAUUCUGCACUUUUACGAUAUGGACCCCGAGCCCGACAUAAAAAUCCAUCUGUCGAUACCUCUUCAAAAAAAAACAGGUAGUCCUGUCCGAGUGAAGAUCGCAAUUUCGAAUAAAAACCGUGAAAAGAUUUUCCCGCAACAGCACUGUUUGCCAAAGGAUAGAAGUUUACCUUAUUGUGUUUUUCAAAUCAAGAAAAAAAUGUUAGUGGAAUCUCAAUGUUUCGUGAAUGGGAAACUUAUCAUCUACUGUGAGAUUGAAAAUUUCCUUCCAAACAAUUACGGAUCUGUGGUGUCAGGCAAGUCGUCUACUGAAGCAGAUUUCCAUAAGAAGCCAUUCAAUAACAGCGAUCAACUAGUUGCUCAACUAGAAGAACUUUUUGAAACCAUGAAGUUUUCUGACAUCACCGUCAAUGUCCGUGGACGUCAAUUUCAAGCCCACAAAAGCAUUUUGGCCACAAGAAGUAAAUAUUUUGGCGCGAUGUUUGAGCACCCAACUAAAGAAAAUUUAACUCACCAAGUCGAAAUUGAAGACGUUGAUCCAGCCGUGUUUGGUGAAAUCCUCCGCUUUCUCUACACUGGUCAUCUGUCGGAAUCAACGAUGGGGAAGAUGUCCGCUGGAAUACUUGCAGCCGCCGAUAAAUAUCUGUUGGAACAGUUAAAAAUGGAAUGUGAGACUCAGUUGAUUCACCGAAUGUCGGCAGAAAAUUGUCUGGAAUUACUUUUGAUCACCGAUGAACACCAUCCAGCGUUUCAUUUGAGGAAGUAUGCAGUCGAAUUCUUCCGUCGUUUCUCAGCCGAAGUGAUGGCGACAGACGAAUGGGAAAAGGCAGAACAAAGUCAUCCGGAACAGUGUUUGAAGAUCCUGAAGAAGCUUGUCAAGUCUACUGUUUUGUGUUGUCACAUCAUAUGA